UCUGGAGUCUUGGCCUCCCUCCAUUGCUUAGAUACCUUGAUGGCUUGAUGCAGUAAAAGAAGUUGCGAGUUGCCUCACAAGUCACACUCACACUCACCACUCACAGUGAGAGCGCGCCAUAGAUAGCCAUGGCCGCCGAGCUACGAGAGCUCCGCCAUUCCAGCUCUCUCGGAAGCAGGUCUUCUUCCUCCCCUCGCAAAAACCCUCAACAACAACAACAGCAACAACAACAACAACAACGAGACGACGACGUUUCUCCCCUUCUCUCCGAUCCCAUAUCACGUGACCACCGACCACCCUUCUUCUUCUGGUCUCACCAUUUAUUCUCCGAAGAUUCUAGGGGUUCUUCUUCUCCUUCAAAGUUGUCCCUUUUCUUGAUCAUCUUUCUUGUUGUUGCUGGAUUUGUCUCCGUUUCUUCCCUCAUUCGUCGUUUGAAUGCACCAUACUUAUGCCAGAAAGAUGGCCUUACUCUUCAGUGUCCUCGGGUCAAAGAGCCGCCUUCACUCUGGGAGAAUCCGUAUUCAGCCAUUACAUCUUGGAAACCUUGUGCGGAACGUCGUAGUAAUGGCAUAUCAGAUCCUCCUGCAGAGAAUGAAACAAAUGGAUAUAUAUUUAUACACGCGGAAGGUGGUCUAAAUCAACAAAGGAUUGCUAUAUGCAAUGCAGUGGGCGUGGCCAAAAUUUUGAAUGCUACACUUAUAUUGCCAGUGUUGAAGCAAGACCAGAUCUGGAAAGACCAAACGAAAUUUGAAGACAUUUUUGAUGUUGAUCAUUUCAUCGACUACUUAAAGGAUGAUGUGCCAAUCAUUCGUGAUAUUCCAGAGUGGUUCACAGACAAAUCAGAGUUGUUUACAAGCAUAAGGCGCACGGUAAAGAACAUUCCAAAGUAUGCUUCAGCCCAGUUCUAUAUCGACAACGUUCUGCCUCGAAUCAAAGAGAAGAAGAUAAUGGCCCUAAAACCUUUUGUUGAUAGACUCGGGUAUGACAAUGUUCCUCGAGAAAUCAACAGACUGAGGUGCAGGGUGAACUAUCAUGCUCUGAAAUUUCUUCCUGAGAUUGAGCAGAUGGCUGAUCAACUAGCUUCGAGAAUGAGAAACCGUACAGCAAAUUCAAAUCCAUACAUGGCCCUUCAUCUUAGAUUUGAGAAAGGGAUGGUCGGUUUAUCUUUCUGUGAUUUCGUUGGGACCAGAGAGGAGAAAGCCAAAAUGGCAGAGUACAGGAAAAAGGAAUGGCCAAGGCGUUAUAAGAAUGGUUCCCAUCUAUGGCAAUUAUCUCUGCAGAAGCGGAAAGAAGGUCGAUGCCCACUUGAACCUGGGGAAGUGGCUGUGAUUCUCCGUGCUAUGGGCUAUCCGAAAGAGACCCAAAUAUAUGUUGCGUCUGGGCAGGUUUAUGGGGGACAAAAUCGGAUGGCACCACUCAAGAACAUGUUCCCCAAUCUGGUAACGAAGGAGGAAUUGGCAAGUAAGGAGGAGUUGGAUGGCUUCAGAAAGCAUGUUACGAGCCUGGCAGCACUGGACUUCUUGGUUUGCUUGAAGUCUGAUGUAUUUGUGAUGACCCAUGGAGGCAACUUUGCUAAGCUCAUCAUUGGCUACAGGCGAUACAUGGGCCAUAAGUUAAAGUCUAUUAAAACCAGACAAAUUCAAUCUUUUGGGACCUUACAUGGCUGGGCUACUUUUUUGAGAUUGUAUCACCACCAAACAAGGACAGGUUUGCCGGAGGAGACCUUCCCUAAUUAUGAUCUAUGGGAAAACCCUUUAACCCCUUGCAUGUGUAAGGCAUGAAGAAUGCACAUAUAUGGAAUUGUUGAGUCAUGUAUCGUUUAGUAAAAUAUUUGGAGUGGCGAUUAACCCAAGCAGAGGCCUCCAAUCUCGAGAUAGGUGUCGAGGAGUAUCUGGCGGAAUUGCUUUAUCGGUUGCUCAUUUUUACAGAUUAUGACGGUUAUGGUCUCGAAGUUCGUACAGAAGUCAACAUAAUGUGGAGGUUGAUAAACAAUGCUCGGUUGAAGACAGGUUUUGGUCAUCAACUAUUUAUGAAGCUUGAUGUGGGGGGAUGUCGUAUGAUUGUCCUUGUACUAACAAUUAAACGAUUAUAUCCUGUAAAUUAAGUUGAAUAGAAAUACUAUGAUGCCACUGCAACUGUUAUUAGAUUACUA